GCCGAGUCGGCAGCAUCUCCGCGCUGCUCCCGCCGCGAUCUCCUCUGGCCGGCGGACGCAGCGCAUCGCUCAUGAAGCGGCGGUUCCUCCGCUGGCUCAUCGCCGUGGCCCUGGUCGCCAGUGCCGCCGGCCGCCCCCUCGCGGCCGCCGACGUGGUUGUCAAGAACCAGCCGCUGACCGUGGCCCUGGGCCGCUCGGUGUUCCUCAGCCCAUCGGAGGACCUGCGGAUACGGGUCGCGCCGGGAGAUCGCUGCCACGUGCACGUCGUUGAGGCUGAGGAUGGCGAGCCUGCUUCAGUCCUGUCCUGGAGUGCGCCCGGAAGGCUGCAACCCUCGUCCUUUCCGUGCGGAUUUGGCUUCGGCAGUGUGUCCUACACGCAUUUUGGGUCCAAGAUCGCGCCGCUUCUGGACAGGGUGCGACUGCUCGUUAAGUACGAGGCCGAGAACGAGACGCUGAUAGUACCCUUGCUGCUGUCGGUGCAGGUAUCGCCCGAGCCGUAUCAGAUCGCAGUGAAAGUGAAUUCGCUGUCUGUGCCAUCGUUGGGUGGCGAAAGCCAGCCCAUCAGUGAAGAUGUGCUUAGUUUCAGUGCUGUGGAACCGGGAAGUGUUUGCAGGGUGCGUGUGCUGUCGGAGGUUCCCCGGUUUCCCCGUUACGGUGAGUUGAUCGGUGACGUCCCGACACAGUUCGCAAGUUGCGAGACGUUUCUGCAAGGCGACGUCCGGUACCGUCACACCGGUGGGUCGCAGUCAUCUAAGUGGGACUACGUGCCGUUCCUCGUAGAGGUCACCGAUUCAUCAGGUCAUUCAUCGAGAAAAGAGCGUUUUCACCUACCCGUAAAGAUCGAGGAAGGGAUUGAGAACUCUGUUCCCCAGCCGACUUUCGCGUCCGAGCUUCACCUAGACGUCAGCCAGUUCAUAAUGACCCCGUUGACUCCUACCGUCCUUGCUGCGGAAGACCCGGAUAGCGACAGUGGCGCCUUGCUGUUUAACUUUAGAACAGUGCUCAGUCCUGAAGAAGGGCAUUUCGUGACAACCGAUGACCGUCGUGUGCCAACAACUUCGUUUUUCCAAAAGGACGUUCAAGCACUAAAAAUCGCUUAUGUGCCUCCUCCUGCGCAAUCAAAUGACAGGCGAGUGUUCCGAGUGGAAGUAGAAGUGAUCGAUCAGGAAGGCGCGGCUUCGGACCCAUUCUCUCUCACGAUUGUCGUGAGGCCGACAAACACAAUGGCCCCUUUAGUUACUAAAAACACUGGAAUCACGCUUGUUGAAGGAAAAUUGAAGAAUAUUGGUGACAGCUUAACUGUCUCGGAUCAAGAUAACCGCGAAGAUGUUUUCUUCACUGUCGUUGACGGAAUGAGGCACGGAAGUAUUCUGGUGGAUGGUGACGAAGCAGAUCUGUUUACGACGGCCGACUUGGAUGAAGGGCGCGUCGCAUAUCGACAUGAUGGAAGCAGUACAAGCACAGACAACAUCGUGCUUAAGAUGAGCGAUGGACGACACGAUGUCGAAUUUCUUUUUCCCGUCACUAUUUACCCGGUGGACGAUGAACCGCCUCUCUUGGAUAUCAACACCGGCAUCACAGUCCGCAAGGGUGAAGACGUCCAGAUUUUAUCCCGCUACCUAAGCGCCACUGACGUCGACAGCCAUGAUUUCGGUAUUCUCUUCGAGCUGCUGCCCCCGUUUCCAGAACACGGCACAUUGCUGAUGAAGAAGCACGACAAGCCACCCGAUUCUUUCCAUUGGCUUUUCAAGGACGGCUUGUACGAAGCUGAGGUGACUAAGUGGGGGCAGGUAGAUUUGCUCGAAGGAAACCUCUACUACCGCCAUUCGGGAGGCCACGUGUCCGAAGCAAUCACAGACCGUGUCUUCUUCCGCCUCUCUGACGAAAACGAGCCGCCAAAUGAAUCCGGAAUAAACGAGUUCUUGGUAAAGAUUCUUCCUGUUGACGAUUUGCCACCGGAGAAGCACCCAGACGCCACGCUUCAUCUCCUCGUAGAGGAGUUCCAGCUGACGGCGAUCACGAAGAAGGAGUUGCGUUACCGCGAUCUAGACACGAAAGAAAAAGAGCUCCGGUAUCGUAUUACGAAGCCGCCUUUCGACACGGACGCUAGUAACCCGAUGAGCGCUGGCACGGUGGUACGCAUGGACGAGCCGGACACAGAAGUCACAGAGUUUACGCAGGCGGAAGUCAACCACCAUCAAAUCGGCUACCAGCCCCCUUCGGCGGAGCUGGGGAUUGUGCCUAGGAUAAUAAACUUUGACUUCGAGGUGUGCGACAACGGCGGUAACGUGCUCCCCGGCCAGAUUUUCACCAUUCUCUUGCAGCCCGUUGACAACAAACCACCCGCGGUGCAUAAUCGCGGCAUAAAUGUUGUGGAAAAAAGUUCGGUGGACAUCACCCUGGAGGACCUCGACGCGAUUGACACGGAUACGCCGAGCGAAGAGCUAACCUUCGUUCUCAUUAAGGUUCCUGCCUACGGAGCACUUCGAUUGGCAGGAGAUGUCUUAGAUGAAAAUGAUUUAUUCAGACGCUCAGACAUUGCGAGUGGUCAGUUAGCGUAUGAAAACAGGGGUAGUUCUGGAAGAAAAAUGGACAAGUUUGAAUUGGAAGUUCGUGAUGGAAUACACCGAGUUCCGGUAACGGUUAAGGUAAAUAUUAAACCGCAUUCGGAGGAGUCGCGUGUUCCAAAAAGGCCCGGAACCGUUAACGUUCUUUUGACUGCUAAAGAGGGUGGGAAGGCUUUGUUGGAGAGUCAGUCCUUCAGUAUACAAAACAUCAAUGACCCUAAAGGUAGUUAUGAAUUUGUUCUAACACAUGCUCCCAGGCAGGGCAGUAUUUUUAACAGCGGGAUAAAAGCAAAUCGAUUCUCUCUGCAAGAUUUGCUGAAGAGAAGAGUCUUCUACGUUCACAGUGGCACCGAGACUGGUGUAAGCGGUUCGAGUGACAUUUUUCAGCUCAGCAUUACUGAUGAUUCCGGAACAAGGAGACUGGAUGAUGUUCUUGUUCACGUGAAAGUCGAACCUGUGGAUUCGAUGCCACCACGCAUUCUAGUCGGACCGUCUCUCGCCGUUCCCGAAGGCGGCAAGGCCACGAUCACGCGCGUGCACCUCUCGGCUACCGACGUGGACACGAACGACGAAGACAUCCUCUGCAGCAUCGACGUGCAGCCCAGCCACGGGUACGUUGAGAACGCGUCACCAUCGCCGGGCUCUGAGCGUGUGCAGGUGGGCGUGCCUGUGUCGGCAUUCGCAAUGGCCGAAGUGAUAUCGGGUUGGAUAAACUACGUUCAAAGCAUACAUCGAGGAUUUGAACCGCUGGAGGACAACUUUACCUUUGUUUGCUCCGAUGGCGUGAACUCUAGUCCUAAGCACAAGUUUCACGUGCAGAUAACGCCAAAGAACGACGAGGAGCCAGAAAUAACGGUAGACGAGAUACUUGUGUCGGAAGGUUCUGAUGCGUCGUUAGAGGACGUCGUGACGCAAGCAGCGGACAUGGACAAGCCCAGUGACAAGCUGACAUUCCGGGUCACGAAAGCGCCUCUGCACGGGAAGAUACUGUCGACACGAACGAUGCAGCUAGAAACAUUCGACAGCGACGACGUCUCAGCGCCGUCCUUUGUGGUCUACCGUCAUGAUGACAGCGAGACGACGGCAGACUCAUUCGAGCUAUCUGUCAGCGAUGGACAACACGAAAGUCGAAAGCAAAUCUCUGUUGUCGUAAUGCCGGUAGAUGACGAGACACCUCGGCUCGCUGUCAAUGAUGGCUUGGAGGUUGGACUGGAAGAAAAGAAAGCCAUCACAAACCGCGUCCUGAGAGCAGAGGACAUCGACUCUGAUGAUUCGAGCUUGACAUACAUUAUAAGAGACAUACCGAGACACGGGCAGCUCCAGCUCUUGAAUUCCACCACGUAUCAGCCUUCGCGGAAUUUAACCCUAGCUUCUAACUUUACUCAGCAAGAUAUUGACAAUGGUCUCGUAGUGUACGCGCACACCGGAGCGCCCGGAGUCCGCGAUCUUAUUAGACUUGACGUCACAGACGGUACGAACUCGCUUAUCGACCAGUACUUCUGGGUGACCAUCGAGAGCAUCGACGUUAUUUAUCCGGAAGUGGUGAAUAGAGGAGUAAGACUCCCCGAGGGGGGCAAGGUGACACUCACCACGGCCGCACUGAGCACGACGGAUUUGAACAGCAACGACGAACGGCUUCGGUUCACCAUAACCCAGUCACCCGCAAAAGGUCACCUCGAGAGCUCGGACGCUCCGGGAGUGAUCAUCAGAUCUUUCACCCAGCUAGACUUGGCGGGGAACAAGAUCAGCUACGUUCACACCAGCAAGGACGAAAGCAAGCUCGACAGCUUCGAAUUUGAAGUGAGUGACGGGCGUAACUCGGUGUUCCGUACCUUCCGAAUCGCCAUCACCGACGUGGACAACAAAAAGCCCGUGGUUUUCAUUUCGCCCCUGAGGCUCCGCGAAGGCUCCGAGCGCCUCAUCACGCCGUUCGAGCUCAAGGCCGACGACAUGGACACUCCUGACAAGAAUGUCCACUUCCGCGUCAUCCACAGGCCGCUGCAUGGCCGCCUCAUCAUUGACAGGUCUCGCGAGACCGCCUCGUUCACCAUGGCCGACCUGGGCGACAACAGGUUGUCCUACUCUCACGACGGCAGCGACACAACGCGCGACAACUUCACUUUCGUGGUCAGCGACGGCGUCCACCGUGACUUCUACGUCCACCCGAACGUGCAGCACCCGACGCGCGAGCCGCAGCUGUUCCCCGUCCACGUGGUCGCGGUGGACAACAGCGCUCCCCAGAUGGCGGUGAACCGGGGAGCCUUCGCGCUCUCGUACUUGGACGGAUCACGCCGGCUUGGGUUUCGCUUUAGCAGUGACGUGCUGCGCGCAUCUGACAGCGACAGUGUGGAUGCCAGGCUAAAGUACGUGGUGACCCUGUUCCCUAGCCACGGAAUCCUUGUCAAUCGCGCCGUCGGCAACCGAAGCGUCGUGGAAUUCACGCAAGCCGACCUGGAUAACGCGGACAUAUUUUACCUGCUGCACCAGAGGUCUAACGCCACACGGGAUACCUUUCAGUUCAAAGUGGUUGACGAAGGGAAGAAUGAGCUGAGGGCGCAGAAGUUCGACCUUCGUUGGUCGUGGAUCUCGCUGGCCCAUGAGCGGUACAUCGUCAAUGAGACCGACUCGCACCUAGUGGUGACACUUCGCAGGAGAGGAUACCUGGGAGAGACGGCAUUCGUCGGGAUCUCGGCGCGAAACCUGAGCGCCCGCCAAGGCACGGACUUCAGCGCGUCGUACGCCCGUCAGGUGCAGUUCAACCCGGGCCAGGCCGAGGCUGAAUGGCGGCUGCGGCUGCUGGACGACGCGUCCUUCGAGCGCCGCGAGGAGUUCCUCGUGGUGCUGGGACAGGCGCUCAUGGCGGCCACCGAGUCUCCGGACAGCGCUCUGGUCUCCUUGCACGACGCAGAGGACGAGCCGACGGUGUCGUUUGCCGAAACCAAUGUGACCGUGUAUGAGGACAGCGGAGAAGCGCUGCUGACCAUCCGCAGACGCGGCGACCUCGCCAUGGACACCGGCGUACUCUGCGUCACGCAUCCCGGGACGGCCUCGGGUACCCAGCCGUCACCGUUGGAAUCCUACUCGGACUACGUGGCCAGACCAGCGAACCCAAGUAGCCUUGUGCGCUUCCGUACUGGGGAAGCCGAGAAGACAUGUCGCGUUGCCAUCAUCGACGACUCCCUCUUCGAAGAGGCCGAGAACUUCACCGUCAGCUUGGUUUCGCCGCAGAACGGCCGGGUCGGAAAGAACGGCUCCAUGGUCGUCACCAUCGCUGCUGACCCCAGAGAUGUGCCUUACUUCUACUUCGAGAAACCCAACUACGAGGUGGACGAGAGCGCGGGAAGCUUCGAGGUAACCGUGCUCCGAGAUGGCCCAGACCUGAGCAUUGCCUCGUCCGUUACGGUGCGCUCGAAGCAGAUGUCUCCACCGAGUGCUCAAGCCGGCAGCGACUACAUCGCAGUGGGCGAGCUGGUGCGCUUCCCGAGCGGCUCGACAUCGCAGACGGUGGAAGUGGUGCUGCUCGACGACUACGGCCAGCCCGACCUGGAGUUCAUCGAGACCUUCCAGCUGGUGCUGCGCGCUCCCGUCAACGGGACAGUCGGCACUCCGGGCACCGCUGUCGUCUCCAUCAACGACACGCUGUCCGACGUGCCGAAGAUGUUCUUCCUGGAGGAGGAGUACGUUGUGGAUGAAGAGGCCGGCUCGCUCUCGGUGCCCGUGGCGCGCACGGGCGAUACCAGUCAGCGCUCCUCGGUACGCUGCUACACACGCCAGGGGUCCGCAACAGUUGACCUAGACUUCGAGGAGAGGCCCAACACCGACCAGUCGCUGAUCGUCUUUGAGUCUGGGGAGCGUCAGAAGAAGUGCGUGCUCCAGAUCAGGGACGACAGCGCCAAGGAGGGCUUUGAAGAGCUGCGCCUGGUGCUCGGGUCUGAGCGCAGCAGCACCGCCGGCAUGGCGAUGCUGGGGGAGCCGAGCGUCGCCAAGAUCCGCAUCCGAGACGAGGCUAAACACCUGCAGCCCGUGAUCCGGUUCCGGCAGACGCGGACGACUGUGAAGGAACCCCGAAACCCGGACGACUCUGUGAGCCUGGCCAUAUCCGUGGUACGGCAGGGCGACUGCAGCGCCACGUCGGUGGUGCGUGUCUACAGCCGCGACGGAUCGGCCACGGCGGGCAAGGACUACCAGCCUCUGUCGCAGGAACUCACAUUCCGCCCUCUCCUGAACGAGACCGUUUUCACGGUUCAGAUCCUCUACGACGAAGCCAAGGAACAUAAAGAGGCUUUUACACUCCACCUCAAGGAAGACGCCAACCGCAUAGCCGACGUGAAGGACUCAAAGAUGAUCGUGUACAUCGAGGACGUGCGGUUCCUUCCAGCGGUCACGUUUCCCUCUGAACCAGUCGUGGUGUCUCUUCGAGACUACGAUGACGCUGACGAAGCGUCGCCACAGCCUAUCCACGGAUACCCGCUCUGCUGCAUAUCGUCUUGCAACCCGAAACAUCCGGAUUACUUGCGCACUGGACCAAUCUGCGCCAAGGAAGGCAUCAACGACAGCUUUACAGAGUUCCACUGGAAAGUGGCCGCGCCGGACGAUUCGUUUGGUCUGCGGGACAUCAAGUCCAAGGCGUUUUUCGCUCCCAUUAAAGCGAUCACGUUGGACAGCGUGUACUUUUCAGCGGGAAGCCGAGUGCAGUGCGCCACGCGCGCCGUCAACACCGAUGGAGACGUGGGCCUCGAGGUCUACAGCGCGCCGGUCACCGUGGCUGCCGACGCCGGCCUCUGUCGGCCGCCCGAGGACGACUACGUAGGCGCCGAGCCUUUCACCGCCAGGCUGAGAUACACGGGCACGUCCGACCCUCGGGCACCGAAUCGAAUCCAGAUCACGGUGCUGGUUCCGCACCGGGACGGCCUGCUGCCCGCCAUCUCAACGCGGCCGCUGUCCAACCUGGAGUUCGCUCUCAGCCCAAGCAGCCUGCGCGUGGGUCUGCACCGCUGCUCGAACCUGGUGGACGCGCCGGAGGCGUUCACUCCGCUGGGAUUUGUCACCAAUGCGACGCUUGACCGGCGCUUGGAUGCCGAAGCAGCCGAGCCUUACCAGUACAGCCGUCAGAUGCGCGGAGAGUCGACGCUCAGAUUUUACAAAAGCCUGGACCUGGAGUCGUGUAUGUGGAACUGGACAGCUUUCUACACGCUUUCAGAGCUCGUUUCCGAUUGCGGUGGCUCCAUAAACCAUGAUGGGCAGGCCCUGAACCUGGUGCAGUCGUACGUGUCCAUGUCUGUUCCCCUUUACGUGUCGUACGCACUCCACUCGACGGCCGCACUGGGCGGCUGGCAGCACAGCGACAUGGUGACGGAGCUCAAGAUCAGCUUCGUCUACAACACGGCCAUCCUCUGGGACCACGGAAUCUCCACCUAUCUCGACUCUCAUCUCAACGGGAGCAUAUACCCGACACAGAUGCGGAUCAACGACAACGGACAGCUGGUUGUGCGAUUUCGCACAGUCUCCGGCUUCCACGGACAGUACAUCCUCGAAAGCAGAGAACUGAAAAAGAUGUCGUACGUCACGUCCGAAGAACAGCCUGACCUCACGUUCACACUGAAGCUCAUACGAUGGGACGCGACUUAUAGCGAAGCACAACAGGAGUGGGAGUUCGUCUCAGACGUCGCUGUGAAGGACUACUCGGGCACGUACCGCAUCCACCUGGUGCCGUGCACGGUGCGCGAGGGCGCCCGCUUCUCGGAGCCGAUGCGGUGCACGCCGCAGGAGCCGGUGCCCUUCGAGCUGCCCAUCCAUUUCCAGCAAGUGAGCGACCCGGUGCCCACGCGUUUCUCGCUGGACACGCAGUUCCACAUCACUCGGCGGCGUGACCUGUGGCUGCGCCGCGCCGAACAGCAGCCCAUCGACCGGCAGGCCGAGGCGGACGACAUCGACGUCUCCUUUGCGCCAGGCGACAAGAUUUACGGCAAGAUUAUGGUAAGCCCGCUCCAAAGCCUGGGACACUCGUUCGAGCUCUUCAUAGAGAAGUGCUUCCUCUGUACGGGAUUCGACGGCUACAUCCCGCGCUACGACCCGGACAAUGAGGACUACGGAUGCAUUGCGGAGUCGGCCAAUCUUCGUUACGUCAUCAAGAUCAUUGACAAGGAGUCACCGAGCAGUGUCUCGUCGCAGCUGCACGGCGCGCUGUUCAAUGCCUCGCUGGUCUCGCAGAGCCGUGACGCCGAUCUGGCGGCCAUCGGGAAAGACCCGGGCGCCGACGGCUUCCACUUCCUCGCAGACCCGCUUUUCAAGGUCGCCUCGGGCACCCUCUGGUUCAUCCAUUGCAUCUACACGCUUCGCGGUAAAGAAGGAAUCGGCAGGCGGCUCCAAGAGGUUCGGCAAGCGUCACGCACCGGCGGGCGACUGGCACCAACAGCAGCACUACCUGAGUCGUCGGUCGGUGCUCGUAGAGAGCAUCGGAAAGAACGGUCUGGGCACCAACAUGCACCAGAUCGUGCUCUCGGACGCUCAGCAGAGCACGUGGACGUACCGGUCGGACGGCGCCGACGACUCUCCGGCCGAUCUGCCGUGGCUUGUGACGCCGUGCGUGCUGGUGGCGGCGCUGCUCAUAGCAAUCGGCAUCGCCAUCGUCGUAUGCCGGAAGCGACGCAGUUCGGCGAGCCUGACGUCAUCCGGAAACGGCGCGGUGACCGUGUGCUGUUCCGGAUCCGGAAAAAGCCGCGUCUGCGCUUCCGGCUACGCUCCCAACACCGAAUUUGCCGGGACAGAAGUGUAAGGAUACAUGGGUAGCGCUGUAUGCGCACCAAAUAAGGCGCUGUCAGUAAUUCGAAGCGGCGCUGACGUGGAGGACUGGAGCGACCGGCGAUCUUCCGUGAUCCAGUGCGCGUCGGUGUCUGAUGUGAUGUGCGCGUUUAAAAUGCUGCCGCUUGUUGGGAAACACGCAGUGUGUAUUUCUCAGUGCAACGCCGUGCGUUGUGAAACAAGGCAAACAAAGGUAGCCAUAGUCAUUUUUGACGACUAAAGGUUCCAUAUUGGAAGACUGCUUUCACAAAACGCCAUCCCAGCAGCACCUAUUGCAUGUUGCAGCCUCCAAGCUUACGAUACGAGCAGUCGUCCUCCUGGUAUAUGAUUUUCUUAAAUGGUGUUUUUAGUUCGUUUAGUUACGUUUCUUUUUCUAGCUUGUUUGCAGCGUUGAAGGAAUUCUCCUGUGGGCUCGUCUUAUGAAGAGUCAGACAUUAGGAUCAGCAAAUCGUGCCAUCGACAUCCCUAAUUGCAUGUGCAAGUUACAUUUCUACGAUAGUUGCCGAAUUUGUUGCCGUUCAUGGUUGCGCUCAGAGUCUCUAACAAGACCCAAUGUAAAGGGACGUAGGAUGACGCUGGAUGUUAGCAUUGUUACGUCGACGAAAGACGAAGACUCCAUGAGAGCGUGAGGACCUCGAUUGCUGAGUGGUCUAUAACGUAGGCUGUUAUUUCAGCAAGAUGGCAAAUGGACCUGCACCUCAGAGCCAAGCAUUCAGUAGCCCGAGUCAACACGUGCAAUGACAGCUGAAAAAUGGUGUGUGGCCUUUCAUCCAAUAACAACGGGAACGGGAGCGACACCGCAUCGUACGAAAUGAAAGCAAGCAGUCCUACGUCGUCGGCGAUUGACCAAGCUAAUGUUGUUAUGUGCCAUAAACAAAAACGCUGGAGGCGAUGCGCCAAGCCCGGUGACCAUUUAGCCCCGCGCUUGCCCCUUCACGUGUAAAGUGUGCGCGAGUGAAUGGUGAGUGCAAAGACGCGAAGGAGAUUCGCGCCUGUCCACAGUGUAUACCUCAUGUCAUCCUGUCACUGCCGAUCAAAAGCAUUGUUUUGUACAAAGUCGGCACGAAGCCAGCCGUAUCACCUGUAUCUAUGGGACACUGUAUUUCAUGUGUUUCAUCGUGUGCCAUACAUGUCAUCAAGAUGCGGCUUCCGUGUGCCUAUCGGAAAUACUGAUCACUCUGAGUUGUGUCAUAAAGUCGUUAUCCGUGUACAUAGUACAUUGUCUCUUCUUCAGCGCCCUGCAGGAUCGAGUCGAUGUGCCAUAAAAAGUGGGGCCACACCUUCGUCUAAAGUGUUGUUUGUUUGCCUGUUCUUGCCUGUUUGCAGCAUGGAUGGUCCAGCCAUGUUUUCUCGCUACUCUAGGUAUAUUUUCAUGCGUACGCCACUGAAACGCGACAGUGUCAGUAGAAAGCCUUACAGAAGUACAGCUUACUGUUUAAUAAAUCUCUAAUGGCCUUUAUCACCUCAAAUAA